AGCCGUUUUCAUUAUUUAUUUUUCAUUUUGCAAGUCUCUUUCACUCUUUGACCAUGAGGCACAUGCAUCUGCUGAGUCUGGGUCUUCUAGCAUUGACAGAGAACAUCCUGAUGCAAACACCCUGUGGACAUGGAUAUAAGAAUCAAAGAAGAAAGUGUGUAGAUGAAAAUGAGUGUGAGUCUGAUCCACCCAUUUGUGGAAAAAAUGCAAUAUGUUUCAAUACUGAUGGAAGCUACUACUGCCGCUGUCAUGAAGGAUUCACUCCAACUAAUAAUUUCACACAAGCGGAUGCAAUUGACUGCACAGACAUCAACGAAUGUGUGAAUGGCAGCACUGAUUGUGGUCCUAAUGCAAAAUGUAUAAAUUCUGAAGGAGGUUAUAAUUGCACAUGUCAAACUGGCUACAUUUCCAGCAAUGGAAAAGAGAUAUUUAAUUCAGGACAAGGAGUUCAUUGUAUUGACAGAAAUGAAUGUGACGAUUCCAGUUUUUGUGGAAAACAUGCAACAUGUCAUAACACUGCUGGCAGUUUCUACUGUAUCUGUGCUGCAGGAUUCAGACUAAAGUCAGGAGAAACUAACUUCACUGAUAUAUAUAAAUCAUGCGAGAAUAGCCAUGAAACUGAAGUGGUGAUGUUGCGAAAGAGGGACAGUUCUCCACCUGAUUUGAUAAUGUCCACCAGCGAUACACAAUUUACCUCCCACUGGGACACAGCAACAGGAAAUAAUCACCUUGGCUUUACGACCGCAGCUUUCCUCAGCUACAAAAGUCUGGAGAAAUCACUCAACAGCUAUUUUAACCAUUUAGAGACAUGGCAAAACCAAACUUUCAAAAUCAAUUCAAAAGUUGUAACUGCCACUGUUAGUAACAAUGAGACAACCAAUCUAAAGAAACCAGUACAUCUCACGUUUUCUCACUUGGAGAAAAAGAAUGAGAAGCAUAUCUGUGUGUUUUGGGAUCAUAAACUGGAAGGGGGCGCGUGGUCAACACGGGGCUGCACUACAGUGAGCUCCAGUGCUGAUCAGACCGUCUGCUUCUGUUCUCACCUCAGCAGUUUUGCUGUGCUGAUGGCUCUCUAUGACAUUGGGGAUGUAUACGAGCUGCGUCUGGUCACAUUGGUGGGACUGCCACUGUCUCUGGUCUGCCUCCUCAUCUGCAUUGUCACAUUUUACUUAGUGCAAUCCAUCCAGAGCACACGCAACACCAUCCACCUCCACCUCUGCAUCAGCCUCUUCAUCGCCUACUUUGUGUUCCUCGUGGGCAUCACCCGCACAGAGAAUAAGGUGGGCUGUGCAGUCGUUGCAGGCAUUCUGCAUUACUUCUUCCUGGCUUCCUUCUGCUGGAUGUGUCUGGAAGGAGUGCAGCUCUUCCGCAUGGUGGUGCUGGUCUUCAACACAACGCUGAGACCCUUCUACAUGUUUGCCGCUGGUUAUGGAGUUCCUGCUGUUAUUGUUGCCAUUUCAGCCACAGUGAAUGCAAGCGGAUAUGGUACUGAUAGCUACUGUUGGCUCAACAUUAAAGAUGGCUUCAUCUGGAGCUUUUAUGGGCCAGUUUGUGUCAUAAUUAUUGUUAAUGUAUUCUUCUUCCUCAUAACAAUAUGGAAGCUGGCAGAAAAAUGUUCCUCCCUUAACCCAGACUUAAGCAGUCUACGCAAAAUCAAGGCAUUUAUGGUCACUGCGAUUGCUCAGCUGUGUAUCCUUGGCAUCAUGUGGGUGUUUGGCUGUUUUCAGUUUGAUAAAGGCACUCUGGCAAUGUCAUACAUCUUCACUAUACUGAGCAGCCUGCAGGGGGUGCUGAUGUUCUUCAUGCACUGCUGGCUCUCAAAACAAGUGAGAGAGGAGUAUGCCAAAUUCCUGUCCUGUAUCUGUGCACCACAGAAGAGGAAAUAUACAGAGUUCAGCUCAAACCAAACAAGCAAAUCGCAGGCCUCCAGGAGCAAUAAUCACACUGGUGAAUCGCACAUUUAAGAAGCCAUUUCAACAAACCAUUCAAUUUUUCAUCUGUUUGCAAGAGUGCUUUUCUGUGGAAAUGUUCAUAAAUUGUA